AAACAAAAGAGGCACAGAAAGAAAAAAAACCUACAAGUAAUAAUAAAGCCAUAAACAACUCCGCCCGAGGCCGAGAUACCGGGAGACGCAUCACGGAACCACGCCGCCGACGACGACCCCCGCCGCCGCACAACUCCGCUCGCCGUCUCCUCCGCCCCCGCCUCCAUUCCGCCGCCUUCCUUAGAGGAAGCCAAGUUUCCAGCGCCGCCGCACCUGCAUGGCGUCGCUCGCCGUCCCCCUCCGCGCUUCCGCCACCCCGGCCAUCGCCGGCACCGGCAGCGGCGGCGGAUCACGCGCCGCCGACCCCGUCAAGGUGUCGUGCGUUAGGAGCAAGGUUACCUGCGGUUUUCCUUCCGUUGGGGCUUCGUCUUCACUUGCUAGCAGCGUUGAGCCGGUGAGAGCAACUGCUACACAAGCACCCCUUGCCACCCAUCAAUCUUCUAGCACGGAGAAGACAAAGGUUGGCAUCAAUGGAUUUGGACGGAUUGGGAGGUUGGUUCUACGAAUUGCAACUAAUAGAGAUGACAUUGAAGUUGUGGCUGUUAAUGAUCCUUUUAUCGAUGCUAAGUACAUGGCUUAUAUGUUCAAGUAUGAUUCGACACAUGGUCCAUUUAAAGGCACCAUAAAGGUUGUGGAUGAGUCAACCUUGGAGAUUAAUGGGAAGAAAAUUUCAGUUACAAGCAAAAGAGAUCCCUCAGAUAUUCCUUGGGGAAACUUUGGAGCUGAAUAUGUUGUUGAAUCAUCUGGUGUUUUUACAACAACUGAGAAAGCAUCAGCACACUUAAAGGGUGGUGCAAGGAAAGUAGUGAUAUCUGCUCCAUCCGCAGAUGCUCCUAUGUUUGUAGUCGGAGUAAAUGAGAAGAAUUACAACCCCAGCAUGAAUGUUGUCUCUAAUGCAAGUUGUACUACCAACUGUCUUGCGCCCCUUGCCAAGAUUGUCCACGAGGAAUUUGGCAUAGCUGAGGGCCUCAUGACAACUGUCCAUGCUACAACAGCCACCCAAAAGACUGUCGACGGUCCUUCAAUGAAAGAUUGGAGGGGAGGACGGGGUGCUAGUCAGAACAUCAUCCCUAGUUCUACUGGCGCAGCAAAGGCUGUUGGAAAGGUCCUUCCAGCAUUAAACGGGAAACUCACUGGUAUGGCCUUCCGAGUUCCUACACCUAACGUCUCUGUAGUUGACUUGACAUGCCGUCUUGAGAAAAGUGCUUCUUAUGAGGAUGUGAAAGCAGCUAUCAAGGAAGCCUCAGAAGGUUCUUUGAAAGGUAUUUUAGGCUACACAGAUGAGGACGUCGUUUCGAAUGAUUUCAUUGGUGACACCAGGUCUAGCAUAUUUGAUGCCAAGGCUGGAAUUGGCUUAAGUUCUUCUUUCAUGAAGCUCGUCUCUUGGUACGACAACGAGUGGGGCUACAGCAACCGGGUCUUGGAUUUGAUCGGGCACAUGGCUCUCGUCAACGCUAAGCCCUGAUGCCAUUGAUAACAGCAGAUGCCCUAGUAAUGUAGGAAGAGAAGGCUGCAAACUUGAUGGCCCCUUCUGUAUCUCGGAAUUAUAUUAAGCACACCGAACAAAACCAUUGCCGACAUGAAGAUACAUGCUGUGUUGUGAUAAUCCGAGCUUAUUUUUGGCCUGUUUGAAUUUUGUUAUUUUGUUGUGCGACACAUGGACUCCAUGAGUUGGGGUGAAUGAAGCAAGUAGUAACACACUGCUUGCACACAAAACAAACAGACCUGAUUUCCUACACUUGGUAUGGUGCAUUAACGUACACCAUGGAAUGGAUCGAUAUCUCCAAAA